AUGGAUACUCCUUCGCCAGCCGUCCAUCGCGUUCCUGUAGACGUGAUAGUCGAGAUCUUCGCUCUCACCGGACUGGCCAUGCACUCAGGAUGGAACCUCAAGUACUCUCUGCAUGCCAAAAUGGAGUGGGUCAAACUCAUGCUCGUUUGUCGGCUCUGGCGCGACAUAGGUCUUCAAGCCCCAUCCCUUUGGAGAAGUAUCGCGGUCAAGAAGGACCUCGACGUGCUCCGCCUCCUAUUUGAGCGCUCCGCCUCGUGCACUGUCGACCUCUUCAUGAACGAUCGCGCCGAAUUGAACGUCUUGGCCAUGCCCCUCCUCCUCCAGCAUGCCGACAGAAUUCGAUCUAUCUCCACAUGCAGAGACUUCUAUAUCCGCGAUCUCAGCUCGUUGGAGCCUCUCUUCACCAUCCCACUUCCAGCUCUGCGGGCGAUCAACAUCAAGCCAACGAGAUUGGAAUUGUACGAGGGGGUUGGGCUAGAGCCAGAGACUCCCAUACCCGUAUUGAAGCUCUCUGCCAUACUCCAUCCUCCGCUUUACAGGCUCCAAUGCUCCCCCGGUAUUGUCUUGCCAUCGACGCCCAGCGCUUGGUCCCAGCUCACCACUCUCAAGCUCACCGAGCGUUCGAGUAACAUAGAUAACACAGCCGGUCCAGCACUCAGAUCCCUGCUUUUCCUUCUCAGGCAUACAGAGCGCCUCCGAAGUCUCCGUAUCCUGGUGGAGUAUACCCACGAUCUGCUUGUUUCUUCCAUCAUACCUACCAUGGAGGAUGAAGAUAUUGGCGAUGCCGUCGAAGCAGUUCAGCUCCUUCAUCUCCAGAAUCUAUGUCUGCAAGCCCCUCGGGAGUUCGCUCUUCCGUUCCUCCGCGCCCUGAAAUGCGGAGACUCUCUUCACAGCCUCACCAUCCAUAUUCCCCUCUUUCGAGAAAACGACGACCCCCUGAUCGAUAUCGACGCUGUGCUGCCUUCCGGGGUUCGCCAAGCCUUUCUUUCGAAGGUGAAAAGGCUUUCAGUCAGCAGCACGGGCUACUCUAGUACAGGGAUGGCAAGUUCUCCCGCCAGGGCCACUUUCAUCCUGGGCCUCACCAGCUCCUUAAGCGGCUUCAGUCGAGACGAAGGACCAUACCUGCUCUGCCCCUUCGUGUCGUUGUGCGAUUUGAAGGCGGAUCUUCCCUUGACAGAACUUUGCAUCACGACCCCAAUGCCAGAUCAAGGCAUCCCCUUGGAACUGUGGCGACGCAUCUUCACCGCGUUCCCAUGCAUGCGCUCGCUCUCCUUCGGCCGGUGCACGCUGUCUAGUCUCCAGGCUCUAGAGGCCUUAUGCUCGCUCGCCAGCGACCCGGACGCUCCCCCAUCUUGCGCUACCUCUCUCCGCAAACUCGGCGUCUACUACAAAGCCCCGUGGCGGCGCACCACGCUCGGCCCCUACCCUGUGCUCUGGGCGCUGUAUCGUCUGUGCCGCGCACGGAACGCGCGCGGGGUCCCGCGCUUCAGUCACUUGAGCCUCGAGGUUUCGCAGGCGUGGGAAAGGACGUACCGGACACUUCGUGUCCACCGGUGGAUGCUACUGUCCGUCUUGUGUCACUCCUCCAGGGAUUAUUCGUACGAUGGGGGAGACGGGGUGGAGCUCGCGGCGCUCUGGGACCACUGGGACGAUGAGCCGGAGCCCGACCCGGCGACGUCGCGCUGGAGGACGGUCGGGCCGUUCAGCCACCAGAGGGUGUCGGUGGAGGACGAGUGCGGAGAGUGGCGGGAUCUGUACCACAAGUUCAGGGUCCUCGCGGUCGCGGUGGAGGUGGAGGUGGAGAAGCGGCUGGAGGCGAAGUAUGAUUGGAUUUUGUGUCAGAAGGAGCUGCGGGCUACCCUGGCGCAGCGGACGGAACAGCUGUAA